UACAAUAAAUAAAUGUAAUUUUUCUUUUCAUAUUUUGAGUAAUCGGUAUGUACAUCAUAUCUAAUUUCGGCGUAUUUGCUGGCGCACAUCGAUAUUGGAGUCACAAGUGUUACAAAGCUAAAUUACCAUUAAGGAUAUUAUUUCUGAUAUGCUUCAGCACGAGUGGACAGAGUACAAUAUAUAAUUGGGUGAGAAAUCAUUGUAUGCAUCACAAAUAUUGUGAUACUGCUGCUGAUCCUCACAACACUCAGCGCGGAUUCUUUUUCACGCAUAUCGGUUGGGUGGCGAUAAAGGAAGAUCCGGAAUUUAUUGAAAAAAGCAAACAUCUGAAUUUGUCAGAUGUUACGUCGGAUCCCGUCGUAAUCUUUGGCGAAAAAUAUUUUGCGCUACUUCAACUCUUUUUCGGCAUCAUUAUACCUACAAUGUUACCUGUGUACCUCUGGAACGAGACCUGGAGCAGAGUCAUAAUAUUGCAAGUAUUUAUACGGUACACGAUCACUUUGAACUCUGUGUGGACCAUCAAUAGCAUCGCCCACGCUUGGGGUACUAGACCAUACAAUAAGAACAUAAAACCAGCGGACAAUAACUUUGUCAAUUACGUAACAAUAGGAGAAGGAUAUCACAACUAUCAUCAUGCGUUCCCGUGGGAUUAUAGAUCAGCCGAAAUAGGAAACAAUAACAUGAAUUACACCACAAUCUUUAUCAAUAUUUGUGCAAAAUUAGGAUUAGCCUACGAUCUUAGAUACCCGUCUAUAGAUUUGAUAAAGAACAUCGUAUUAAAGAAAGGUGACGGGACGCAUCCCAUUUUGCACAAAAUGCAGGGAUCGAAAUCCGAUUAAUUAUGUAGCCAAAAAAAUAAAGCAAGAAACGUAAUAAAAAUAAGAGAAACGUAACUGGAAAAAGGAAUAACAAAUACAUAUAUUUUCUUUUUCUUUUUUUUUUUUUUGGUUGAGGAUGUAUCUUACUAUAAUCUUUAGUUUUGUUUUUGUUGAAAAUAUAUUUAGAUUGAAAUAUAUACAAAUUAAUAAAAUAUAUCAAUGAUUAAUA